GCGCGUUGUGUCCGCUUGUGUGUCCUAUUUCGAGUGUAAAACCAUCCGCCGAUGGUUUUAACUCAAACAAUAACGCCCGUGUCGACGACAAAUCGAGUGAAAGACCAACCGUCGAACCGUAGAAUCCAAUCAGGACGUGAAAACAGAUGUUAAGUGUCGUUUCAAUGUUAAAUCCAAAAGUGUAAAUUGUUUAUGUUGUUUUGAAGUUGUUUGGAGUUUUGUUUCCGCCGAUAUUCAGUGCUCAUGGAUAAAAUAAAUAGUGUACAGUCGUGAUAACAUCGACAACCUGAGGAUCUAAACCCCCCCGGAGUAUUCCACUCCCACCCGUUCUGGAUUAUUUUAUUUUUUCAGCCCCCCCAGAAGUGAAAAUAAAAGUGAAAAAAAAAGUAACAACUUGUAACGCUUGAGUGCCGAUGUUGGCGCGACGAGGUGCGCCAAGGCGUUUCUUCGGAAACUGUCGCGUGGUGGCACUGGUGAACGCUUAAGGGGUGAUCGACCUCAUUUUUAAGUUGAUUUUAUUCCUAUCGAGGAGCAACAAACACUAACCGAAAGAUGACAUUUUCGUGAUUUGUAUGGAUGUCACCAAUCUCUUCACAAACGAAUACCGUGGAAGAACUAGUCAAUUCCCCUCUGCAGAAUUUAUCAUCCACUGAAUCUAAGUGAAGUUUAUGGAUGGGAUGAGAUGGAAAGCACCGAGUAUGAUGGUUGAUUUAUGAGUGGAGCCCGUGGGCAUUAAACAUGAGCGUUUCAUCGUGCUUCAGGAUGAUUGAAAAUCUUAUUAUUUUGGGUCUUGUUGGCCUUGUUGGAAGAUCUCUCGCUUGGCCGAGUGAUCCAGUGCCACAUCUACACAUCAAGCACCGGGAUGUGAUCGGCCAGAGGUUCUUGGGAAAUGAGAGUCACGUGGAGCACUUUAAGCUUCUUGAACGGGCGCCUACUUUUAUCCUGAUUGGUGCAAGAAAUGCCAUUUACAACAUCAGUCUACAUGAUCUGACGGAAAUCGCUGAUCAGAGAGUCCAGUGGUCGAGUACAGGUGCCCACCGAGAAUUAUGUUACCUGAAAGGCCGCAGUGACGACGACUGUCAGAAUUACGUUCGUGUAUUCGGACGUCAGGGACCAGAUAAGUUUCUGGCAUGCGGAACUAACGCCUACAAGCCCCAGUGCCGGCAAUUCAUCGUGCAGGAUGGUUCUUACGUUGGAGGUGGUGACACUGAUGGCCUCGGUCUCUGUCCGUAUGAUCCACAGCAUAAUAGCACAGCAGUUUUUGCUGGUGGACAGUUGUACGCAGCGACCGUGGCUGACUUUUCCGGCGGCGAACCAUUAAUCCAUCGCGAGAGAAUUCGAACUGAACGCUCUGAUCUCAAUCAAUUGAACGGACCGAAUUUCGUUAGCUCUUUCGCUUAUGGCGAUUACGUAUUCUUCUUCUACCGAGAAACUGCUGUUGAAUAUAUGAAUUGUGGAAAGGCGGUGUAUUCACGAGUCGGGAGAGUAUGUCAGCAUGACAAAGGUGGCCCACACGCAUUUAGCGACAGAUGGACGAGUUUCCUGAAAGCGAGACUCAAUUGCUCUGUGCCGGGAGAAUAUCCUUUCUAUUUUAACGAAAUCCAAUCAAUGAGCGACGUAACAGAGGGCUUCUACGCUGGCCGCCACGAUCAAUUGAUUUACGGUAUUUUCACAACCCCAGUGAAUUCAAUUGGGGGAUCAGCAGUGUGUGCAUUCGCCAUGAGCAGUGUUCUCGAGGUCUUCCAGGGCGCAUUCAAGGAGCAAGAGACGAUAAAUAGUAAUUGGCUGAGAGUACUACCGGAGAAAGUACCGGAGCCACGUCCAGGUGCAUGUGUCAAUGAUUCCAGAACACUUCCAGAUAUAACAGUGAAUUUUGUUAAAACCCAUCCGCUGAUGGAUGACGCUGUACAAUCGUUCUUUGCACUGCCUGUUCUGACGAAAGUCAGUUUUAAUUAUAGAUUUACUAAGGUUGCUGUUGAUCCGCAAGUUAAAGCGCUGGACGGGAGGACUUACGAUAUUUUGUACAUUGGGACAGACGACGGUAGAGUUAUAAAGGCACUGAACACAAAAGCACCAGACUCACUGACCGAAGUCGGCCAGGUCAUUGUGAGCGACGUUCAAGUGCUUCGAUACGGUACAGCAAUAAAAGAUCUCCAAGUAGUUCACCUUGCCGGUGAAGCAAGUAAACUAGUUGUUAUAGCUGAUUCUGAAAUAAGAGCAGUGCCCCUGCACCACUGCGACAGUCCAACAGCAAAUUCUUGCGUUGCCUGCGUCGCACUUCAGGAUCCGCAUUGCGCCUGGGACGAAAUGACACAUACAUGCGUCGCUGUGCCAACAAAGUUGCACGAUAAUGAUGCCAGCAAAACACUAUUCCAAGAUAUUAUCAAUGGAAAACACAAGGGAUGUGGUUAUCAGCAGGUGAAUAUUGUCUCGGAGAUGGCGAAACCAGUGUUACCAGUGGUACCACCUAGAGUAGGACGUGGUGAGCAGCCCGACGAAAGGGACAAUGAAAUCGUCAUCGAAUUGGAUCGUGAAAAUCAGUACAGUCGCACUCAGCCAAGAGCUAACGAGCCUCAAGGAGUUAUAGUAACCCCAGCCGUCUACUCAGCGCAAACCCUAACCGGCGCGCUGAUCGGCACCUGCUUCUUCUCCCUGAUAGCAGGUUUCGCCUCGGGUUUCUGGUUUUCCCAGCGUCUCCGAGGUACCCCAUACCCAGAUCCCCCCGAGCAACGUCAACAACUGAACCGCCUCACCGAGUCCUCAGAAUCCCCCGCGGGUUUCAACAACAAAUCCAUAAAUCUCGUUCUAAAUGUACCCCCAAAAAAUCCAAACGGUAAAAAUGCCAAUUCGUCGGCUGAGAAUAAACCAAUGCAAAAAGUCAAGAAGACGUACAUAUGAUACAGAAGACG